AUGGAACCAGUUUCAGCUGAUUCUUCGUCUCAGCCUACUCCUCCAGUUUCUAAUACUGAAGGACACUCAACCAAAGUGUCUGGACAGAUUAACAAUGCACAUGAUUCACCAUCAUCGUUACCUGCUUCUGGAAUAUCAUCAUGGGCAAGAAAUCUGAAACUCCCAGGCCUUGGCCUUGGACAGGCACAACAGGGUUCACAGACCGAGAACACAGGCAUGUCAGCUUUUGCUCGCCUGACUAGUGGGCUUGGGAUGCGAACGCAGUCAAAUGCAACUGCUGCAUCAGUCAAUUCCGGACCUGAGCAAUCUAAUUUGAUUGAAUCCUUCACCAAAGGGUUGGUGGACUCUUCCAAAAGUGCAGUAAAAGCAGUGCAGGUCAAAGCACGCCAUAUUGUCUCUCAAAAUAAACGUAGAUACCAGGAAGAUGGAUUUGAUUUGGAUAUGACAUACAUCACUGAAAAUAUAAUUGCUAUGGGAUUUCCGGGUGGUGAUUUUAGCUCUGGAAUUUUUGGAUACAUUGAGGGGUUCUAUCGUAAUCACAUGGAAGAGGUGAUCAGGUUUUUUGAAACACAUCAUAAGGUUGCCACUUUCCCAUUUAAUGAUCAUAAUUGCCCUCCUAUUCAACUUAUAGCAUCAUUUUGUCAAAGUGCAUAUUCAUGGUUGAAGGAGGAUAUUCAAAACGUGGUGGUUGUUCAUUGUAAAGCUGGUUUGGGGAGGACUGGACUGAUGAUAUGUUGUCUUCUUUUGUUUCUUAAGGCAAGUCAUGAUAUCAGCUUCAAAGACUUUUUCUUCCCAACUGCAGAGGAAGCCAUUGAUUACUUUAACCAUAAAAGAUGUGUAGAUGGAAAGGCUCUAGUCCUCCCUAGUCAAAUAAGAUAUGUAAAAUACUUUGAACGGACUUUAACUCAAUUCAAUGGAGAAGUCCAGCCUGGACGAAGGUGCAUACUAAGAGGGUUUCGGCUUCAUAAGUGCCCUUAUUGGGUUAGACCGUCUAUUACAAUUUCUGAUCAUAAGGGAAUUCUUUUUGCCACAAGAAAGCAUCCCAAAACAAAAGAUCUAAUGCCAGAAGAUUUCUGGAUCAGUGCACCCAAGAAAGGAAUUGUAGUUUUUGCACUACCAGGAGAGCCUGGUCUAGCAGAGUUGGUAGGAGACUUCAAAAUUCAUUUUAAUGAUGGACAUGGAGAUUUCUACUGUUGGAUGAAUACAACAAUGACAGAAAACCGAAAAAUUUUGGAUGGUUCAGAUUUUGAUGGUUUCGACAAGAGAAAGAUCCCCACUCCAGGAUUCCGGGUGGAAGUAGUCAUGAUAGACUAUAAUGGCACCCUACCUGCAAGAACAAAAGCCAAUCCUGCCAGCAAAGGUUCUGAUGGAAACACAAGCAAUGCCCUACCUGGUCCAAAGCCUACUACCUCUAAUUCAAGUGAGAGUAAACUCCCAAGAAAUGGAGAUGAUGAUGUAUUCUCAGACAGUGAUGAAGAGGAGACCCGAGAUACACAAAGCAAGAAAGCUGCAACUGAGUACAAACUUAUGGCACCUCAUCAAGUAUCUGAGGGGACAACAGAGCAUGUAGGGACAUUGACACACACAACGGAUCGGUUGUCACUACAGCAUGAGGAACGCAUGCAAAACAAUUCUUCUGAAGAAUCUACCGCAGAUAAACAUCUUAAAGCUCAUACAGGCAAUGACAGUACAAACGUGGGAUCUGUAGGGGCAAGUGACAUCAAGGCAAUUGCCGCAGAUGCUUCAGUUUUUUCCUUCGGGGAUGAAGACUUUGAAAGUGAUUGA